AGUAAUAUUAGGCCUAUCUUGCUGUUGCCAGGUCAUAGACAGCAGUUUCCUUCAACUGGGGCUCAGUUCCAAGAUCUGCUAACCUUUGGCCUGUCGAGGGUAGAAGAGGGUGGAUGGAAGAGAAUGUGAAACACAGGAAGGUGGUAACAAGAGCAGAGCCCUUGCAGGUAAACUGUAAGGUUGUACUUCUAGCAUUUGCGUUCACUCGGGGCUCAUUUUCAAUAUCAGUAAAGCCGAGUGUCCUGUGGAGUGCAGACAGUGGAAACUACAGAAUGUGAAACACAAACAGAGUUGCUGACAAAAGAAAUGGCACUGCAGGCAGCAAAUAUUACCAACAAUGUUUCAACUACCAAGAAGCAGAGUGGGAAACGCUCGCCUGAAAAAUGUAAUAACGAAAACCCACCCAAGAGAAGGAGGCAUAUUUUAGCCCCUUAUUCCAAAGUAUCGCCUGCACACACCCCGGGCCCGGGCUCUACAUACAUGGUAAUGAAGACUCCCGUAUCGAAUCGAAUGAACACCGGUCAUUUCUCAGCUUGGGGCGCAGAAGACGAUCAAAUCUUGUACUACAUGCAGAAGACUGGCGACAACCAAUCAGUUGCUUCUGUAAUUGUUUCAACACCUUGGCAAAAAGCAUCCGAGUCAUCGCAAAGCCACCUGAAUUCCAGAAACAACUGUGCUGAGGAUAAAAAGAAAAAUACCAUCUCCACUUUUAAGGUGACCCACACCAAGAAAACUCAUACAUCCUGUGCAAGAAGGGCAAUGCAAAAUUCAAAGAAGAACCAAAGAAGCAUGUAUUGUUCUAACUUUAGCAAAAGACUCAUUAACAUGCCUGAAGCCCGUUUCCCCAGAGGCUCUGAUGACCAUGAUGAGAAGAACGCUGUCAAUUCAUCAGACACGUGGACUUGUGACGCAUGUUUGAUGCCAAACAAAAACCCAGCGGUGAGAUGUCGAGGCUGCGAGUCACUUAAGUAUGGAGUUGGGCUGGAAAGACAAUGGAUACCAGCAGUAGACAUGAACAUUGACACAAGCUGCAACGAGAUUCAGACAACCGAAUUAAGUGCCGAUACGUACAUGGUGGAGCACAGUUCAGCAGCGGCCCCUCAGACCGCUGAUGGAGCAGAGCAAUCGCCACCCUGUGCACUUUCCUCCGAUUCUCUCAUGGCUGAUGAUGUUUCCCCUCACUCACAAAUGGUCACUUCCGACAACUCCCCCGGCGUUAAUGCAGAAGAGAAAAAGUCACUGGACUUCGUUCCGCUCAACACAGAGUGCACAACGUUCCUCCCACCUGCUCAGGGAAGUCCUGCUGCUUGGUUGCCACAUGGGUUCACUGGAACUGAGAAUUUUGAACAAUUGCCUGAAGCUGCAACAUCUCCUCCAGGGCCAACACAGCACAAGGUCCCACCAGGAAGCAGGGAACAAAACAAAGAUGAUCCCAAAGCAAAUGGACCCUUCAGUUUCGAGGCCUCAAUGACCUGCAUAUCUUUCCCGUACGUUUUUGGCCCCCCUCCGAUCUACACCAUGUGCAGCUCUGCAGGACCACUCACACUUGACGUCCCUGCUGUAACUGGGUCCAACAUGACCACCGUGAUAGCUCCCAGCCUUCCAUUUCAAAUCCCGUCGAUACUUCUUGGGAGCUCCAACGAAAUGAGCAACUACAAUCCUAACUAUGGAAUGUUUGCCUCCCCUGGCACCUUUGGACAGACAGGCCCAGAGCUGUUUAACACUGGAGCGACUAAUCCUGGAAUCGCUGGGAAUCCUUCCCCGUUUCUAUCUGCUGGGCCUGGUUUCCAAUUUUCUGGCAAUUUGGUUCCAGCUUUUAAUUUUAGCAAUUCAACCAAUAAUGCCAUCUUUCGAUUUGAGGCAAAUAACAACAAUCAAUUAUUUUCUAAUGAACUGGUAGAUGCUGCCAAUGACAGGGCAUCAGAAACGGUGUACACAGUGCAACCAAGUAGCAUCUCCCAUCGAAAGAUAAAAACUGCUGUACGCAAGCGAAGGCCAAAAUAAACCGGCAGCUCGUCUAGUUCGUGUUCAAUCUUUACGUACGUGGCACUUUGUUUUCUCCUGUUUCCAUUUUGUCAAUUUGCUUUGGGAAUAAUAUAAACAAAAAGGACACCACAACUAUUUUACUCCUUGUCUUUUCCUGGUGUUUUCAGGUGUGAUCCAUGCAGUUGGAAACUGUAGCGAACUAGUUAAUCAGUGGCACACCACAAUGCUUGGGGUCAAAAUGGUUCUGUUUCAAGAGGUCAAGAAUGUUUAAUUAUAUAAAAUGCACAGGGACAGGAACAAUGACAUUCUUUCUUGCUGCAGCUUUGUUGGCACAUUAAACCCAGCAACACAACAAAUAAAUAUACAAUAAAUUAUCCGUUAAUCAAGGCAAACCAGUGCAAGCCAAAGCAUAAAGUGCAACAUUUGGUAGUGAACAGUCCAUAUUAGUUCGGUGCUGAGGAAGGGUUGUGGUCAGGGUUGUACGGGGUGGUUUAAGUG